AAACUGGACAUGACCGUGCUUUUCCCAACUCUCUGAGGUACAGCAUUGAAUCAGGUCGCUGUUCUGUGAAGAAGCAUUUAUUGUUCUCUGUCACACAUGCAGUGCUGGUCCUGCUCUCUGUGAUGUGGAUGAAGAGGAGGGAUAAGGAGCGGCAGGCCAAGCAGCUCCUCAUCGACCCAGAGGAUGACGUGCGAGACAACAUCCUCAAAUACGAUGAGGAGGGGGGUGGAGAAGAGGACCAGGACUACGAUCUGAGCCAGCUGCAGCAGCCCGACGCUCUGGAAGCAGAAUGCAUCAAAGUGGGGAUCAGACGUCUAGAUGAGAGGCCCCUCCAUCAUGAUCACCAGUACCCCCUUCGCUCUGCUGCCCCCCAUCCAGGAGAUAUAGGAGACUUCAUCCACGAGGUACUAAAGUACUGCCAUGUCUGGUGGUUGACGCGUCCAUGAAUCCACUCUGCCACA